CACUGCGUCAAUUCCGCACGGCACAAUCGCAAACGAUUGUUACAAAAUGGCGGGCGACAAGAUUGUUGACUGCACGCAGAACGGUAACGGCGAGAAAAUAAGCGAGAAUGGUGACUUGAGUCUCAGUCUGAACCUGGAGGACGAUUUCGUCGAGUCGAUCGAAUACGUCCCCUGUCCCGAAUUUCAAUUCUCGACAACCGCAUGUUAUAUUUGUAAUGGAUAUUAUGGGCCGUGUUUCGAGGAGCCAGUCUGCGCGACAUGUCACGCAUUUCUAUUCCCAAAUGACGUUGAUCUGCUCCAGGUGCCAAUCUUCAGUGAGAAGACAGAUGACGAAGAUUCGGGAAACGACGAGCCAACUGAUCUGUACUACAAUCACGAGAGGAGAACUAGUCAACAGCAGCAAAAUUCUCCGCAGAGCGUCAACCCUAAUAUCCCAAGCGCACAACAGAACCCAUUCAAUCAUAACGUAAACGUUAACGCGAACGCGAACGUCUCGCGCAGGUGUUACGCGCUGUAUCAAAAUGCAACGCCUCAGUGCAACUACCACGUGCUCCAGAGCAAUUCGAGCGGCAAUCCCGUCGACACGUGCGUGCCAGCAUUUGCGCGUAACGCGCCGGCGCCGCGCGACGCGGAUCUCGAUCUGCAGAAUAUGCUUUGCCGAACGACGAUGGGCGACUGUCACCAGAACUGCGGCAACAGGAAUAAUCGAAACGCACAGGAUAGAGUGGAGGAGAAUGUACGGAGUAUGCCGGAGAUGUUUGCGCUCGGUCACGACGGUCAGAGCAACGAACCUGGGAACAACGCCGCGCAGUAUCAUUGGAAUUACAGGGUGUGCGAGGACGCGGGUGAACCGUCACGGCCGUACAAUCUGUCGGAGCGGCUGGAGAUCCUUUCGAAUCACAAACACAUCGAACACGAGCCCAUCAACGAGCCGGGUUUGGUGGAGAGAUUGCCGCCCGAGGUGCUGCUCGCCAUCUUCUCGCAUCUCGACGACAUCAGCCUGUGGUCGGCGGCGAAUGUCUGUCGACGAUGGUGCGGUCUACUGUCGACGCACGUCACGCAGUCACAGUGGGAGCAGCAUGUGAAAUUACGCUGGCCCCUGUACAAGCCUAUCGGUUGCGUCAGGAAUUGGUACAAGGUGUACGAUUACCUGGCCUCCUCGGCACCGUGCCGAACCUGCUUGGCGCAGACCUCCCUGCGAUCGAGGCCUCCCAGAAUGGAGGAGAACUCUUGGCGGAGGAACAGGCUACGCAGCGAGCUCAAGAGUCUAAGGCUCGAUCCACCUGAGGGCAUCGAAGCGAUGCCGCUUGAUCAAAUGUGCUGCCAUUGGCAAGCCACCAUCACAGGACCAGUGGGAAGUCCGUACGAGGGAGGAUUGUUUUAUCUAUACCUACAAGUACCAUUCAGUUAUCCCAUGUGUCCACCCGUAGUAAGGUUUCUAACGAAGAUACUUCACCCGAACGUGUCGAGACACGGGGACGUCGGCAUAGACUCGAUACAUCAUAAUUGGUCAUUAGCUCUCACGAUAUCUAAGGUCCUUAUCAGUGUACAAAGUCUGCUUACGGAUCCGUACUGCCAAGUGUGUAUGGAGCCAGAAUUGGGGGAUAUGUAUAUCAACGACCGCGAAAAGUUUGAGGAAGUGGCCAGGGCGUGGACGUGGAGGUACGCGAUGCACGAUGUCGUAACACCGCUCUAGUGCACAGGAAUGUAUAAAUCGCAAUUGAUCAGUGUAAUUAAUGUAUACUUACAUAUUAGCAUAUAGAUAUUAUAUAAGCUAUUUAAUAAAUUGAUAACGAGAUUUGUGAUACAUUGUGCUAAAAGGAAGCAGGGCAGAUCUACCGAGGACUGUGUAUUUAUAGAAAUUCUUUGUUAAUCGCGAUCGUGUACCAGCGAGAUCUAACUCGAACCUUUUUUACCCCAAAGUUCAUUAUAAAAUGUAUACAUUAACG